CCUGCGCACGGACGAACACGUGGCUCCCGCGGAGCCAGAGCAGCAAUGGCGGCGGGCGGCGGCGGUAGCGGCGACCCCUUGGCCCCGGCGGGGGUACCCUGCGCCUUUUCCCCUCACGGGCAGGCCUACUUCGCCUUGGCUUCCACCGAUGGACACCUGCGAGUGUGGGAGACCGCCAACAACCGGCUGCACCAGGAGUACGUGCCUUCCGCGCACCUCAGCGGUACCUGCACCUGCUUGGCCUGGGCGCCGGCGAGGCUGCAGGCCAAGGAAAGUCCUCAGAGGAAAAAGAGGAAAUCCGAAGCUUUAGGAACCGGUGAUCAGGUGGACUUGUUGGCUCUUGGCACAGCAGUUGGAAGUAUCUUAUUAUACAGUACAGUAAAAGGAGAAUUGCAAAGUAAAUUAACAAGUGGUGGUCAUGACAACAGAGUUAAUUGCAUACAGUGGCAUCAAGACAAUGGCUGUUUGUAUAGUUGUUCAGACGAUAAACACAUUGUAGAAUGGAACGUACAGACAUGCAAAGUAAAAUGCAAGUGGAAAGGUGAUAACAGCAGCGUCAGCUCCCUGCGAAUCAGCCCAGAUGGAAAGAUGUUGCUUUCUGCUGGUCGAACAAUCAAACUAUGGGUGUUAGAGACCAAAGAAAUAUACAGACACUUCACAGGCCACGCCACGCCAGUGUCAUCACUUAGGUUCACCACCAUCAGACCUCCUAGUGAGAGCCAGCCCUUCGAUGGCAUUACUGGUCUUUAUUUCUUAUCUGGAGCUGUACACGACCGGUUACUUAAUGUCUGGCAGGUCCGCUCAGAAAACAAAGAGAAGAAUGCAGUGAUGUCUUUCACAGUUACAGACGAGCCUGUUUAUAUUGACUUGACCAUGUCAGAAAACAAAGAAGAGCCUGUCAAGUUAGCUGUUGUUUGCAGAGAUGGCCAAGUUCAUCUUUUUGAACACAUAUUAAAUGGAUACUGCAAAAAGCCUCUGACGUCAAACUGCACAAUUCAGAUAGCAACACCUGGUAAAAGCAAGAAAUCAACACCAAAACCCAUUUCUAUUAUUGCAGCUGGGUUUUGCUCAGACAAAACGUCAUUGUUGCUUGUAUAUGGCAACUGGUUUCAGCCUACUAUUGAGAGAGUGGCUUUAACCUCCAAAGAGACUCAUAUGUGUUUAAUAAGGGAUAUUUCAAAUUGCUGGGCCCCAAAAGUAGAAACGGCCAUAACGAAGGUGAGGACCCCAGUAAUGAAUGCAGAGGCAAAAGUUCUGGUGCCAGGACUUCCUGGGCAUCAUGCGGCUGUCAAGCCUGCUCCUCCACCAGCUGAGGGAAAGGAGAGCAAGAGGAAGUCGGGAGGCAAUGAGGUUAGCAUAGAAGAGCGUCUGGGAGCCAUGGAUAUAGACACGAAAAAGGGAAAGGAGGACCUGCAGACGACCAGCUUCCCAGUUCUCCUCACACAGGGGCUAGAAAGCAAUGACUUCGAAAUGCUCAAUAAAGUACUUCAAACUAGGAAUUUAAACCUAAUAAAGAAGACUGUGUUAAGGAUGCCCUUGCAUGCUGUUGUUCCAUUGUUGCAAGAGCUUACAAAGAGAUUGCAAGGACACCCUAAUAGUGCUGUUUUAAUGGUUCAGUGGCUUAAGUGUGUAUUAACGAUUCAUGCCUCAUACCUGUCCACGUUACCUGACCUGGUACCCCAGCUGGGAACACUCUACCAGCUCAUGGAAAGCAGAGUCAAAACUUUUCAGAAACUUUCACACCUUCAUGGGAAGCUCAUCCUUCUCAUCACGCAGGUCACAGCUUCGGAGAAAACAAAGGAGAUGGCUUCUCCUGCACAGAAUGCAAAGUUGGUGUAUGAAGAGGAAUCGUCGGAGGAGUCGGAGGAUGAGUUGCCGGAUAAGGAUUCCGAUGAUAACUGGGAUGAAGAUGAGGAAGAGAAAGAAAGUGAGACCGAUGAGGACGUCGAGGAAGAGGACGAUGAGGAUGGUGAAGAAAAUGGUGAGGACAGAGAUGGAGAAAGUGAAAAAGAAGUAAAUGGAGAUUCCGAUUUAGAUCCGGAGAAUGAGAGUGAGGAAGAGUGAAGCCUGCAGAAGCCAGCCCCAGACUGUGAGCGUCCACUGGCCUGCCUCGUGCUGUGCUGCCGAGUCCGCCUGGGGAGGGUGGGCCGUGGGCCGUGGGCCAGACAGCCCAGGGCCGCCCACCUCGCCGAGGCCAUAGCUGUGAGUCCCACGCACCCUGCUGUCCUGGGCACCCCAGACUCCUACUGUGUAAAUAAGAGUGUUUCAUUCAAAUGUUAAUAAACUUUACACAGUAAAUAGA